GAUCAGCCAGCUGUAUUUUGAUUUUGGAGAUUUUCUUAUUUUUUUUAUGUAAUAAUCUGUUCAUCUUGAGGCUCGAGUGAAUGAAUGAAAUGAGGCAUGGUUCCAAAGAGCAUGGCGUUUGUGAUGCAACUUGAAGACAAACUCCAAGAAAACUGUUCUUGUUAUAAUUUGCAUUUCUCAACUUUCCAUCAGGGCCAGGCUGUGAAUAUUGCUGCGGGUGAGGAUGGCGCUUCUUCCUUGAACCCUUUUUCUUACGCGAAUGCGAGCUCCCUGGCCUUACCGAUGCCCAUUACUUUCUUCAACUACGUGGUACUGUUAUUCUUCUAUUACUUCUAUUUUUUAGGAUUUUUAGAUUUUUUAUGAUUGCAAUGUUUUGAUUGGAAGCAUCAAAAUUAAAACCCAUGUUCUUAUACUGCUCUUCGAUCAUUGUAUCCACAGUCUUCACUUUUCAUACACCAACAGGAGGGAUCGACCACCAACUUCGGCGUUGGCAAGCGCGCUAACAUGGAU